AUGACAUGUUGUGAGACAAAUAGCUUGGGAACAGGGUUUAUCUGUUUCGAUUGUAAUGUAUUGGAGAUCAUUGCAAAGAAGGAUUACAAUGCAUUAUGGUGUUUGCCAAGACUCAAUCAACUUUGGAAGACAUUACAACAAUGUGCAUCAUCAUAUCAAUCGUUGGAGCAGACCAAUACAUCAAUCACCGAACAGUUUGAACAGUUGAUCAAGGUUAUUAUCUCUCAAGAACACAAUGUCAAAGCACCAAUCAGAGAACAGAUGGAUCACAUUCAAUCAACAAUGAACAAUAUCAUCAAUGAGAUCAACAAUAUCAAUCACAUCAUUAAUCCAUCAUCUUUGUCACAGAUCUCCAACAUUGACAGCAAUGACAUCGAUGAAGUAUCUCAAAAGAUAUCAUCAAUCAACUUGUAUACAUCAAUCGAACAGUACAUUACCAACACAGUCCCAACUCAACAACAGUCAUUGAACGAUGACACCGGUGACACUAUGCCGCCCAAUGUCAAAGCCAAAGACAUUGAACUGUUGACAAUGAUCAGCAAUCACAUCAAACAUACUCAACAAGUACUCUACGAUGAAGCAACGACCAAACGUCUGGAAGCAAAUCAAGUGAGGAUCAAAGUUGACAAGUUGAAUGGAGUCAAGAGACAAAUUGAAUCAAGCUUCAAGCUCAUCAAGUCGUACUAUACCAGUGGCCAUGCCAUCUUAUUCAAUCUCCAAGGUGGCCAAUUGUUAGAUCUCGAGUCAUUACAUUGGUCACCAAUUGACAAUGUAUUCAACACUUCAAUCCAAGGUUACUCUACAGCGUCCAUCGUUCAUGCUGGCGACAGUGUCUAUGUGUUUGGCACCGAGAAUUCGCCAGAGAGAUACUAUCAAUACUCAUUGACAAAGAAGAAAGGCCACUGUGCCGGGAUGGUUGGUGUAUCGCCUGGUCGCUUCGCGUCCACCUGCUACGACGGUGACCAGCACAUCUAUCUGGUCGGUGGAAAGACUAGCGAUGGACUUUUGGAUCGAGUCGAUUGCUUCAACAUUGCAACGCAACAAUUCAGACAAGUUGGAAGGCUCCCAGUCGGGAUAUCGCAAGCCAACAUAUUCUUUGACAAAGACAUCCUGUAUAUUGUCGGGGGAGAGGUGACACCACCUUAUGUCAACCAUGGCAUUCUCACAUUCGAUCUCAAGACCCUGGCCACUAAACAGCUGGUCAAGAACGAAAUCUGGUUCCAGAAUAGGGCAAUGUGCUUCGAUGGCCUUGACAACCUGUACUUUUUGGAAAGCACAGGCCUGGCGAAAUCUCAGACUCUGAGAUACACAUUGUCCAACAAACAAACAACAAGGCUUGCACAUCAUCCAUGUGUUUGCUACUCACAAUUGCUAUAUGAUCAAGUGGAUGACGUAAUCUACCAAUUCGGAGGUAAAGGAAAGAACUACAAAUAUUCUGUUGAAGACAACAAAUGGACAACUAUCAAGGACAAUGAUCAAUUCAAUGAUCAUAUUUGGAGUGGAGCAUGUUUAUUUCGCUGA